GCGCGAUGGUCAGCCGCCGAGGCGCGGCAAGAUGCUGGAUGGGCCCCUGCUGGCGCGCUGGCUGGCCGCGGCCUUCGCGCUGACGCUGCUGCUCGCCGCGCUGCGCCCCUCGGCCGCCUACUUCGGGAAGGCAAGCAGGACGGCCUGGGACAGAGGAGGAUGAAAGCAGCUCUGUGUCUCAGAAGACCACACGGCGGGUCACAGCGCAUCUGAAGACCGUCAGCGGUGAUCACGGCACGGGCGUAGCGCGUGUGCGAAGGCCAGCUGCCUCUGACUGGUCUCACUUCUGGGGGUAACACAUCAUCUCUCCUGGAAUCUGGCACUGACCAACAUGGGGUGGACCACAGGCUGACAGGCAGCGAGCCCCUGACCAUUCUCCCACUGACCCUGGAGCCUGAGGCUGCCGCCCAGGCACACUACAAGGCGUGUGACCGACUGAAGCUGGAGCGCAAGCAGAGGCGCAUGUGCCGCAGAGACCCAGGCGUGGCCGAGACGCUGGUGGAGGCGGUCAGCAUGAGUGCGCUGGAGUGCCAGUACCAGUUCCGGUUCGAGCGCUGGAACUGCACGUUGGAGGGCCGCUACCGGGCCAGCCUGCUCAAGCGGGGUUUCAAGGAGACCGCCUUCCUGUACGCCAUCUCCUCGGCGGGCCUGACACAUGCCCUGGCGAAGGCAUGCAGUGCCGGCCGCAUGGAGCGCUGCACCUGUGACGAGGCCCCAGACCUAGAGAACCGUGAGGCCUGGCAGUGGGGGGGCUGUGGGGACAACCUCAAGUACAGCAGCAAGUUCGUCAAGGAGUUCCUGGGCCGGCGGUCGAGCAAAGAUCUGAGAGCCCGUGUGGACUUCCACAACAACCUCGUGGGUGUGAAGGUAAUCAAGGCCGGGGUGGAGACCACAUGCAAGUGCCACGGAGUAUCGGGCUCCUGCACCGUGCGGACAUGCUGGCGGCAGCUGGCGCCCUUCCACGAAGUGGGCAAACGCCUAAAACACAAGUACGAGACGGCACUCAAGGUGGGCAGCACCACCAACGAGGCCACGGGCGAAGCCGGCGCCAUCUCUCCGCCUCGGGGCCGGGCGGCAGGGACAGGUGGCGGCGACCCACUGCCCCGCACACCAGAGCUCGUGCACCUGGAUGACUCGCCCAGCUUCUGCCUGGCCAGCCGUUUCUCUCCGGGGACCGCCGGUCGCAGGUGCCACCGGGAGAAGAACUGUGAGAGCAUCUGCUGUGGGCGUGGCCACAACACACAGAGUCGGGUGGUGACCCGGCCCUGCCAGUGCCAGGUUCGCUGGUGCUGCUACGUGGAGUGUAGGCAGUGCACACAGCGUGAGGAGGUCUACACCUGCAAGGGCUGAGCUCCCAGUCCGGCCCGGCCUGGCUGGUGCAGGGUAGAGGCUGUGCGUGCAGCAUUGGGUGUCUGCACUUGCAGGGGCUGAGCCCCCGGUCAGACCCAGCCCGGCUGCUGUAGGGUAGAGGCUGUGCGUGCAGCGCGGAGGUGUCUACAUCUGCAGGGGCUGAGCCCCCGGUCUGGCCUGGCCCAGCUGCUGCAGGGUGGAGGUUGUGCGUACCGGGUGAGGGGUCUGCAACUGCAGGGGCAGAGCCCAUGGGCUGUGGCCCUCAGCGCACUUGGCACAUGGUGGCAGGAGCCCAGACAUUGGCUGACUUGGCUGUCUAUGCCCUUUGUCCCCCCUCCAGAGUCCCAGAGGUGGGGAGUGGCCCUGGUCUGGCCCCUGCAUCCCCUUUGUCCACCCCCACCCCCUGACCUGAGAGCAUUGUACAAUGCUUUCCAAACUCUGUCCAUCCCUAAGAGGCCAGUUACUGCAGAGCGAC